AUGGACCUGAUCUAUCAAGAGCGUGGUCAUCGUCUCACAUGUUUUGAGCAACCACUAUUAUCUCCUGCCAAUCUUUCAAGCUAUGGUGAAGUUAUUCAUCAAGCAGGGGCACCUUUGGUAAACUGCUGGGGCUUUGUUGAUGGAACUGUUAGGCCAAUAUGCAGACCUGGUCAACAUCAGAGAAUCUUAUACAAUGGGCACAAAAGGGUUCAUUCAAUAAAGUUCCAAUCAGUGGUAACUCCCAAUGGUUUAAUUGCAAAUUUAUCGGGUCCCUGUGAGGGAAAAAAGCAUGACAGUGGCAUGCUUAGAGAAUCUGGCCUGCUUACCAGUUUAGAAGAACACAGCUUUUCCUCUACAGGAGAUAUCCUAUGUAUUUAUGGUGACCCUGCAUACCCUCUCAGACCUCAUCUUCAAGCACCAUUCAAGGCAGCUGUUAGACUAACAGAGGAACAACUUGCAUUCAAUAGGGCAAUGAGUACAGCAAGGGUCAAUGUGGAAUGGGUGUUUGGGGGUAUUGUAAACUUCUUUAAGUUUUAA